UGUCAUUCCCCUCUUCUUCUUCCUCUCUGCCGGCGGCUCUCACGUGGCGCUCUCAGGGCUUUGGGUUUGUAACUUUUGAAACGAGCACAGAUGCUGAUCGCGCACGGGAGAAACUAAACGGUACAAUCGUAGAGGGACGCAAAAUAGAGGUGAAUAACGCAACAGCGCGAGUGAUGACAAACAAAAAGGUGGCCAACCCGUACACGAACGGCUGGAAGCUGAACCCGGUGGUGGGAGCCGUCUACGGCCCGGAACUCUACGCCGUAACAGGGUUUCCCUACCCCGCCACAGGCGCCACGGUGGCCUAUCGGGGCGCCCACUUGCGAGGUCGGGGGCGGGCCGUGUACAACACGUUCCGCACGGCUCCCCGCCCCCCCCCCAUCCCGGCCUACGGAGCGGUGGUGUACCAAGAUGGCUUCUACGGAGCAGAGAUCUACGGGGGCUACGCCGCGUACAGGUUCGCCCCGCCCACCACCACCACCGCCUACAGUGACAGCUAUGGCAGAGUCUAUGCAACAGCGGACCCCUACCACCACACGAUCGGCCCCGCAGCCACGUACAGCGUGGGGACCAUGUAAAUACUAACGGGAGAGCUGUGCUCAUAUUGAUGGACAUCACAGAUGAAAACAACGAGGGGAGGAGAACUAGCUUUAAGAAAAUAACACAAGAAGACGAAGGAGGUGGAGGAGGUGGAGGAGGAGGAGGAGGAGUCUCUCUACUGAGGCUGGCGCCGCGGUAGCGGCGUCACACCGGCCACAAACUUGAGGGACGGAGUGAGCCCGUUUCCACCGGGGGGGCCCCCUCCUCGCCGGGAAAAAAAGACAAGCGAGAGAAUGCAAAGUUUCCCCUUAUUAUAAAACAUUUUAUUUUUCUAUACUUUUGUGAUUUACAAAUGGUAAAAAAAGUGUAUAAAGCAGAUGUGUACAAAUGUGUUUGAUGUUCUUUGGGAGGGAGGUGAACAGCUGAUUCUGGGGUACGCAGGGAGGAGGAGGAGGGAGGACACCCCCCUGCCCCCCCCCCCCCCCCCCUUCUCCACCUCUCAAUGGCAGGCAGACGCACUUUCUACGCUGCACCUCCUGUGGGUGGGGUCAAAGGUCAGCCUCACUGGUCUCACUGCUCCGCCUUCUUCCUUCCGGCCUCCCCGACCUCCUUCCUCCUUUUUUUCCUCCCUCGGCUGGUGACGUCGUCACUUCCUGCUUUUUGCUGCGGUGUCACCGGCCGGCACCCUCCCCCCCCC